CACUCCCGAGAGGAGCUCAGAAGCGUUGGCAGGUCUGCAGGCAGUGCUGCCUGCCUUGGGCUGCUUCUAGGCUGAAUCCAGAAUGAGCCGGGCUAGUUAAGUCCUGACACAAAGCAAAGAUGUAAAGCCAUCUCUGCUUAUGCUGAGCCACCUGCCCAUCCUGAGACCCAGAGGGUUGUCCCUCUGCCAUGGAAGCGUGUGAGUGGCAGGAAGAGGCCCCAGCGUCUUGUGCAGAAGGCUACUAUCCAGUGAGGAAAGGAGAGAUGUUCAGUGGCAGAUACCACGUGGUGCAGAAUCUGGGUUGUGGCUACUUCUCAACAGUCUGGCUUUGCCAGGAUGUGGGGAAGAAGAAGUGUGUGGCUGUGAAGGUGCCCAAGGGUGGGGAGGAUUUUGCUGAGGCAGCCUUGGAUGAAGUCAUGCUCCUUCGUUAUGUGAACAGCAAGAGAAGGAAAGACCAAGCUGGAGAUCACGUCAUCCGCUUGCUGGAUGAUUUCAAAAUGAUUGGAGAAAAUGGCUUCCAUGUCUGCUUAGUGUUUGAGCUGCUGGGGCCUUCGCUGCAGGUGCUGCUCAGCAGCCAAGGGGCCCAGGGCCUCCCGCCCCCCUUUUUGAAGAAAGCGAUGCAACAGGUACUCAAAGGGUUGUAUUUCCUGCACAAGGAGUGUCGUAUCAUCCACGCGGACAUUAAACCUGAGAAUAUUCUGCUGCAUGUCACUGAAGCAAGUCUGCAGACCCUUCUGCACAACAUGGUUUCCCUGGAUUACAGCACAGGCGUCGAACCAAAGAGGCCAGGGGGCGACAUGGCUGCUCUCCUGGAUUGUUGCAACCUCAUGAAAAUGGGAGUGAAAAUUGCUGACCUCGGAAGUGCCUGCUGGACUUACAAGCCCUUCUCCAAGAAGAUCCAAACCCAGCCCUACAGAGCCCUGGAGGUCCUCCUUGGUCUAGAUUACAGUACCCCAGCUGAUAUCUGGAGCACAGCAUGCUUGGCUUUUGAGCUAGCAACUGGAAAGCGUCUGUUUGAACCCCAGGCUGGACAGUGUUUUUCCAGAGAUGAUGAUCAUGUGGCUCGGAUCAUUGAACUCCUGGGUAAAAUCCCACCCAAAAUGGAUUUGUUCUGGAAACAGGCAUCACCUUUCUUCAGAAGACAAGGUGCUCUCCUGCGGAUGUCCUGGAUUUCCUCCUAUGACCUCUAUCACACCCUCACUGAUAAAUACAGCUGGCCAAAGCACCAAGCAGCUGCCUUGGCCAGUUUUCUCCUGCCUAUGUUGGAAUAUGCACCAGAAAAAAGGGCAACAGCUGAAAAAUGCCUUCAGCAUCCCUGGCUCAAUACCUAGUAAUCAGCUUAGCCUGGUCCUACUGGUCUCUGCCAAAACCAACUGUGACUGAGAAGGGGAACAUGUACUCAUGAUGGAAUCUUAGUCCCUGCGGGAUGGGGCUACAACACAAUUCUGAACUGCUCCUCACAAGAGCCAGAGUGGUGUUUACAUUCGGGUUAUGUCUCUUCUUAUCCAGUUCCUCGCGGUUUCUUUCCACGAGUAUCAUAUAAUGUGAAGACAGAUGUAAUAUAAAAAGAAAGCAUGGAGUGAGCUCAGCUUCCUCCUGGCUUCACAACUAAUGUGUAUACCAGCAAAUUGAAACCUGGAUCAGCUGACAUUCUUGCUCCUCACCCCUCACCCCCCCAUCCUGCAAGUGGAUUGUCAACCCUAACAGAAAACAUUUAAGCACUGCAUAAAUUUAUCUAUUCAUUCAGCUCCUUAUAUUUUUAAAAGAAUUUAUUGUGAGGGUAAAACUGUUCCAGAGAUUGUGGACAAAGUUUCUUAGCCAAUCAGUAGGCUUGUACACCAAAUUGAAAGAGUGAUUGAUUCCGAUGUGAUGAUGCAAGCCCAUAUCGGGGCAUCAGAAACAAUUCCAAUGAAAAAUGUCCCCGAAAUCAAAAAUAGGUUGGACAAUG